AAACCACAAGCAAAGUCUCUCUUAGGCAAACCCUCUCUGAGAAGAACGCCUCUCAGCAAACACAAUAGGCUGCUAAUGUGACAAACUCCCGUGGACUAUCUCAUUGAGGGAGCCUGUUUUUCUGCUUAUAUUAAAAUACUGGAGAGCUUUGGGAAGUCCAGAAUGGAAAGGCAAAUGUGAAGUCACUCAUGGCGAAGUUUAACGUGGGUAACAACCCCUCAGAGGAUGUUUCUGGCAACAUUCGACUCUCUAAAGUCACAGGACAACCAACCCAUUCAGGAUUACAAACAAGGAAAGCAGUAUUUGAGAAAUUUGCAAGUCAAGGAAAUGCAGCUUCUUCUUCAGGAUCCAGUGUUUCUCAAAAACCUGCUCAUUCUAAGCCUCCUCUGGCAGUCAAGCCUUCAACUGAAGAUAAGACAGAGAAGGAUCCAAAGCCCCCAUAUCUGAAACCAGUGGGGCAAAAGUUUGGGGUUCAACUUCAGGCAACUAAUCGGGAAAGUGAUGGAAAAGCUGGAUACACUAAAGCCCCUACCAAAAGCAGUGACAUGGCAAAAGAAGAGACGAAGCCUCUGUAUCCAAAACCUGCAGGGAACAAGCCUCUUAAUUCAGCUCCUCAAGAGAAGGAAAAAAAGCCCCUGGGAACAAAGCCAAAUUUUAAUUCCGAAGCACAAGAGAGUGAAGAGAAAACAUCUUUUUCAAAAGUAGCCGGAGUUAAGGAAAAGUUCAUGUCUGCCACACAAGAAAAUGAUUCCAAGCCUUCUUUCUCCAAACCGGCUCUUGCACAAAAGCCUUCUGUAAACCAUGCAGUUUCCCACAAUGAAGACACCUCAAGUAAAAAUGUUUCCCCACAUAAAGGUCUAGCAGGCCCUAGACCAAAUAUACAUUCAUUUAAAGCAAGAAAGGAAACGGAUGAAAAUAGUAACUGCGCAGCAGAAACUGCAAGCAGUCAUUUUUCUAACAUGGCUCUGAAACCUACUGGUCACUGGUCCAGUGCAUCUCAAGUCACUCCCAAAAAUGCAGAGGAAAAGACGGAAGAAAAGGGAGUGAGUGCCACCAGGAAUAUCUUUCUGAACAAAAUCAUCCAGGAAGAAUCUGGUUUAUCUCCCCCCAGAUUCCCUAAAACAAGCACAACGUUUGCUACAGGAAGGUCGUUGGGUGGGUCAGACGAGAAGGAUGACUUGGACAGGAGCUCAGGAGCUCCAAAACGGAAGUCUUUGCCCCCGCUGUUCAAGCUGGGACCACCCCCACAAAAGCCCAGCCGACCACCCAGCGUGGACCUGGAAAGAUUCCAGAAGAGCAUCCCAAGAGACAGUGCUAAGAAUGAAGGGUUUAAACAGAUGGCACCUACCCCAGCAGCAGCCUCCCUAUCUGCACCGCCCCCACCACCUGCCUCUCACCCAUCCCUGAACGCCCCUGCUGCUCCCAGCUUGCCGCCCAGAAAUGUCAAGCCCAGCUCUGAAACAAUGAGUCAGGAGGGCCAGUCUGUCUUAGCUGACACCCCACCGUGCAAGCGCGAGGAACUGAGAUCAGCGGUCGGUGUGAAACCGCACGACGGAGCGCAGCCUGGCCGGCCGCGAAACCCAGACACUGAAGAAAACUAUGAUGAUGUUGAAUUUCUUUUACAGGGUAGGAUGGGUCCUGGAAAUAAAGAUGGGGACCAAGGAAGUGAUGGAGAGAUGUAUGAGGACAUAAAUGACAUCAGAACAUCAAGGGAAAAAGAGAAGAAGUCAGAAAAGGAAGAAAAGAGAAGAUUGGACCAAGAAAAGAAAGAACAAAAAGAAAAAGAAAAGAAAGAGCAGGAAAUAAGGAAGAAAUUCAAAUUAACAGGACCCAUCCAAGUUCUUCAUCAGGCACGAGCUUGUAUUGACAGUAAGGGAGGGAAGAAUGAACUGACUGUCAAGCAGGGGGAUCAAAUUGAAAUCAUUCGUCUAACAGACAACCCAGAAGGAAAGUGGCUGGGCAGGAUAAAAGGGUGCUAUGGAUACAUUAAAACAACUGUAGUGGAAAUUGAUUAUGAUUCUUUAAAAACAAAGCAACAAGCUGUUGUGAAACAACCAGAGAUUGACCAAGAGGUAUACGAUGAUAUUGGAGAACAGGACAGUAUUAGCAGUCAGAGUGGUGGUCGAAACGGAGCUGGAAAGAUGUUCCCUCCUCCUCCUUCUGAUCAAGAAAUUUAUGAUGGAGUUGAUGACACAGAUGCUGCUCCUAGGUCUGUAUCACAGGAUGAAGAUAAGAAUGAUAUCUGGUCCUGGAGAAUACUGAAGAAGCUAAAGAUCAAAGAUUGCAAAAAGAAAAGUGUACGAGAAAAAACAACCAAAGUCAAUGGGGCAGAAGAUAAUGGAAAUUUGUUAAGGUCUUCUUCAACAAAACAGUUUGGAAAAGAUUGUGGAGACAGUGUUUAUGAUGAUGUAGAUUCCUCAGACUUCCCUCCUCCACCACCUGAAUUCAAUUUAUCAAAAUCUGUGAGUCUUGCAAAAGGCAAAUCAGAUGAAAAGAAUCCACAGAAGCUUAAAAUGAUGGAAAGAGAAGAGAAAGAGUUCAGAAAAAAAUUCAAGUUUGAAGGUGAAAUCAAGGUUCUUUACUCUACCACCACUGUCCAGGACUUGUCCCAAAGAAAGUGGGGAUCUAAAGACUUGCAGAUUAAGCCAGGAGAGCCUCUUGAAGUUAUACAAAGUACAGAUGAUACCAAGGUGCUGUGCAGGAAUGAAGAAGGAAAAUAUGGCUAUGUUCUGAGAAGCAAUUUAGUUGAGAACGAUGGAGAGAUUUAUGAUGACGUUGCUGAAGAUUGCAUCUAUGAUAAUGACUAAUGCAGAAUUCUGUGAGAGUAAGAGUUUCAUUGAAGACCAAAAUCUAUACUGGACUUCUACUAGUCAAGCAAGAGAAGUCAUUAAAUAUGAUUAUAAGUUAAUUGCUUAUGCUCUUCUAAAUGCACAAUAUUUGGUUUGCAUAUUUUAUAAUUUCAGGGUUUUGUCCUCAGUUACUUUUUAACAUAUUUGUAUUGCCUUUUAUGAGAGCAAUUCAAAUAUGGAGAAUAUGAUCUGAAACUAAAGUUACCAUCUUCCACCUCCAUUAUACAGUGUUGGCAAUCCACAUAAAAACAAUUCUUUAACUAGCUAUGCCCAAAGAGGCCAACUCAGGUCUACAAAGGAUACAAAGGACAACAAACCCUGUGAACAAGUGUUACUCUAGCUCCAUUUUACCAAACUCCAGGGACUGCCACUCUGGGUAUGACAGCAUCCUGAAAAGAUGCUUCCUUUGGGGAUAACAGCCUGUUGUGAAAACAGGAAAUCAAGGUGGGCAUCAGAGUAUGAGUUGCUCACCUGCUUUUCCAACUGCAAACGUGUUAGCUACACUGACAUGUACAGCCAUGUGCUUUCAUUGCUAAAAUUUCCUUAUCUGUGUUGUGCCAGUGAUAGAUUACCAAUUUCUAAAAUUGCCUUUAUUUUGUAAGCACUUUUUGGCUAUCAUAACAUUAAUAGUAAAACAUUAAAAAUAAGUUAUGUUACAUACCACACUCUGAGAUAUAAGCCGUCUGAUUUACAGUGUAGUGUUGCUUUGAACAUCUUUAGAAUGCUUAGGUUAAGAUUUAAUUUCAUAGUAGUUUAAAUAUAUAUUGCUGUCUCUAUAAUAUCUUAGACAUUAAAGUGGACGUACAAGCUUCUAAAUGGGUUGGAAAUAAUUUCUCAAUUUUAAAACUAUAUUUAUUGAUGCUAUCUUUAUCUUCUAGCUUUUUUUUUUUUUUUUUUUUUUUUUUUUUUACAUUGGGCUUGUUGGAAUAAGGGUAUAUAAAUUAGAUAUUUCCAUGCUGAUCCAUUGUGGAGACAGUAUUUAUUCCUAAAGAGGCCCUGAAAAUCAGUGGUGCUUUCAUCAGAGUGAGCGGAUAGCAAAACAAUUUAAAAUGGAUGCGUGAACCAUAAUAAGCACUUUGGACUUGCUUGUGUAUCGGAACUCACUGGAAAUCCAAAGCUUACAGUGAACUUCCAAUAAAGAGAGUGAUCAUGUACAGAAAACGGAAUCUAUUUAUACUGCAUGAUGCUUUUGCUGUUUUGCAAGAUAAUAAAAAAAAUUAUCAGAACCAGUAUAGCUAGAUCAGAAAGUCCUCCUUGAUAAUCAAGUCUCCACUAAUCCUCAGGAGCAGAAAUGAUACUACUAUUCAGAACAGUGCAAUGCAGCAAGCUGGUAAGUUAGGCAUAAAGAAAAACAUUUUGGCUCUGUUCAAGUCAGAAAUUUGGACUCAACUUCAGUCCUGAGUUCUCAGUUUCAGAGCUGAGAUUUCAUCUUACACAAGUGCCUUUUGCUGAUAAGUCUAUCUCUAAGUAAGAAGAAUGCUAUGAUAGCAAACAUGACAUAAAUUGUAGGAAUAAUAUCUAUAUUUAAAAUCACUGAUAAUACACAGAAAAUCUGUAAGCAACCCUGAGUUUCCAGUUCUAUAUUUACUGUUAAAAUCAGCAUCCAGACAUGCAAGCACCAGUUUUUAGUGUAAACAUCAGCACCUGCACCCAAAUUUAAAACAUGACCUUUUAAAUUAAAUACAAUGAAUGUGUCUUAGCUGCAGGUGGUUAUUUUUUCUGGGGAUUUCUAUUGGGUACAUGCGCUGGGAAGGCAAUGUGACAAGGAACUGGAGCAAAUUCCUGUUUCAAACUUCAGACGUUCAGAAAUACAUGACCCCUUGCCAGUUAAAAAUAGGAUAAAUAUUUUCUUGCUUUACAUAGUUAAUUAAAAUAAAGAGUUUGUGUUAAAUUUCAAAGUACAUAUGCCUAAUCUUGUUUUGGUUUCAAAUAACUGUAGAACUCAGUGUAUUGCAGUAGGAUCAACAAAAGAACUUUCCUUCUGUAUGUACUUUAUCUUGCAUUAAAGAACCUUGGAAGCACACAAACCUCUUUUGUUCCCCUGCACAGAAGUGAACUUUCUUCUUUGUAAGAUCUGUUGGCUAUGCAUUUGAACAGCUUUACCAUUUUCAUAACUUCGAUGUGAUGUAGGUACUGUGUUUCGUUGUUGACUCUCUACUGAUCUUACAGUGCAGUAGAUCAUUGAAAGAAAUAAUAAUAAGAUACUUAAAGCAAAAAAAAAAAAAAAAAAGCGUUCUUUGAUAUAUAGUGUGAUCGGCACAGGGCGUUGAAGUGUGGUCAUAAGGGAUUAUACACUGAAAACACAAUAAAUUUUUCAUUACUUUACCAAUGCCAUUAGCUGGA